UUAAUCAUUUUAAAGCACUGAAAAACUGUUAAAAUGCAAUUAGAAUUGCACCGUAAGGAGUACAUGUUAGUGGGACUAACAUCAACACAGUGUAUGAAAGUCUUACCCUUAAAUACGGGUAUUAUACAACAACAAAAGGUUGCUGUUGCUGAUCAAGAUGGAGUUUUACAAUUAUUUUCUCUUAAAAAAGGAACUGUUCAAAUUCAUUUUAAAACAUUACCAGGUCCAAGUAUUACCGUAAUGAAAUUAGCAGGUGCUAUUGGUACUCCACCUGAUAAAAUUUUUGUUGCUUGCGGCAAUGAGAUUCGUGGUUAUAAUAAAAAGGGGAAAUUGUUUCUUAGCUUUAAUACAAAUUUAACGGAAAAUAUCACAUGCAUGUAUGUUAUCGGUAGUGAUCUUUUCGUUUGUGGAAAUCAUGUUUAUAAUCACUAUCGUGAUUGUAAAGACAUAGGUUCUUAUUUAUGUGGUGAUAAAAUUUUGGAUAUUGUUGCAGUUUCGCCUGAUAAAUCAAAUCGAUUAACAUCUGUGUUGGCAUGUGAAGGUCGUAUGCUGAGAGUUUUAGAACAUUCUAGAGUGAUUCAUAGCAUCGAAAUAGAUAGUUCGCCAACAGUUUUGCAUAUUUAUAAUAAUUCAUCAAAAAAUAAUGUUCUAUAUGGUACAUUAAAUGGACACAUCGGAGUAUUACAAAUUGGCAGAACACAAAUAAAUAAUAAAUGGAUAUUAACAAGUAAAGAACCUGCUAGUCCAAUAGCAUGUAUUGAAAGUUUUGACAUAAUAGGAGAUGGCAUAUCAGAAUUAUUACUAGCACGACAAGAUGGUACUAUUGAAGUGUAUUCAUUAAAUAUCGAUGACUUUGAAAUCGAUGCAUCGUUAAUUUACACCUAUGCAUGUAAUGAAAAUGUGACUGCAAUACAAGGUGGAAUGAUUGGUCAUGAAGGUUACAAUGAAAUAGUUGUUUGUACGUAUAUAGGACGUAUAUUUGGCUUAACUACUGAAUUAGUUGAUAAAAAUGCUGGUGAUAGUACAACUCAGGGAUACGUUUAUUCGCAAGAAACACAAAAUAAAAUUACCAAAUUAAGACUUGAAAUAGAAGAAUUAGAACAGCAAUUAAAUAAAGAAAGAGAACGAUAUCAGAUGUCUACGCAAGCAAUAUCUGAAGGAUUAUCUGCUAUACCAGUAUUGGCGAUCAAAGAUUCUAUGAUUUUACGAAAAGAAGACGCAUCUUAUUUAUUAACCUUGGAAGUACAAACAGCCAUUGAUAACAUAUUGUUACAAUGUGACGUUCCCUUAGAUUUAUUGGAUGUAGAAAAAAAUUCAGCCGUUAUAAGUAAUAGUAUUUGCAGUCCAAAAGAUGGAAAUUAUUUACUAGUAACAUAUCGCUGUCAAGCGAACACAAAUCGUUUAGAAAUUCAAAUUCGAACAAUUGAAGGACAAGCUGGUACGUUACAAGUUUAUGUAACACCACUUGUACAGCCUAAAUGUUGUCAAGUACGGCAAUAUAGAAUUAGACCACUAUCUUUACACAUGCGGAUUCAUAAUUUUGAUCCAAACAGACCCUAUAAUGUGUUAAAAAUUCAAGGUGGGUUUAGUAUGGCUGAAGUUCAUUCUUGGAUAUCAAACUGUUUUCCCGAAGUACCCGAGAAACCUUCUGUAGAAGAUUCACCAACACUUACAUUUGAAUCAACUUUUGUUAAUACAAUUGUUCAUUGCACUUAUAAAAAGGGAGAAGCACAAUUUGAAACAGAUAAUAUUUCUACAAUGUCCAUAAUAAAGGAUUUUAUUUCAAAAGAAGGAACCAAACGAAAAGUUCAACUCUCAAUAAACUAUGAAUUAAAUGAAGAAAGUAUUAAACAUACAAUUAAAUUAUUACAUCCAAAAUUAGAAGAACAAGUGGAACUUUCGAAAAAAGUUACGUUGCUAAGGGCAUUAAAAGAACUUGACAUUAACGAUCCUGAACAUGUAAUGCAAUUAUCAAAAUAUUAUCAAGAAAUAUUACAAAAUGAGAAAGAAUUAAUUUCAAAAUUAGAACGACAGCCAAAAUACUUAGAUCGUUUAUAUGGUUUAAUUACAGAUUUAUAUGUUGAUAAAUUUAAAUUUAAAGGAGUUAAUAUACAAAACGAAAUACCAAAACUUAUUGCGGUAUUGGAUAAGUAUGAUUAUGAUUCUCUAAUAAAUUUUUUUUACAAAUCUAACAGUGAACCAACUGAAAAUGACGAAGAAACCUAAUAUAUCUUCGUUCAAAAUAAAGGGUUUUCAUUUAAAAUGAUAGACUUUAAACUAAAAUUAAACAAUUUGUGUAUGACAUUGCGCAACGCGUUAUAAUUUUGGGGGCGCUGACUUUGUAUUGUUUGUUAAGAAAUUUUAAAACAAAAAAUUCAGUAAAUGGACAAACAAAUGUGUACGUUGCCAUAAGUGUCUCCAAUCGCAAUUCUGAAUUACACUCGACUGGUAUAAUACAUUACAUAAAUUGGCAUAAAAUACUUUUUUAAAUAAAAAAAACAAUUUUUUGAUACCUAUCUCAUAUACAACUUAUUUCAUAAAAAUUUCUAUCAUUUUAAAUGGAAAACUCUUUACAAA